AUGACCCUGCUUUUCUGGAGCAGAGUAGCAGUAGUCCAAGAAAUUACGGCUGAUGUUCCUUUCCUUGCCUUGGGACCAAUGGCGUUUGGGAGCCUAACACUCCUUGUAAUCAAGAGUCGCAUAAACUUGAUGUUCGGAAUGAUAGUGCUAUCGGGGCUACUUAGCUUUCUUGGUUCUAUCAUCGACCUUAUCAGUCUCGUAGUUCUAUCGAACGACGAUUUGACCGUCUCAAAUCUAGCCUCUGUGACAGCUCGGGAGAUGUUGUUCUCAGCCUCCGUCGCACUUCGCUUCCUGUUCUUUUGGGUUCUGGUCGCUCUUCCCGCCCGCGGAGAAGUAUGGAGAUCCUUUUCUACCACUGGUUGGGCUGAAGGAUCGUUCAACCUUUCAUCAGACGACAUGCAUAGCGGCUCCUGGGCACGAUGGGGAAUGAUAGGGCUCUUCAUCAAAUACUUCAUGCUUACUACUGUCGUUACUGUCGGAGUCCUUCAAGUGAUAUGGAGGGUUGAAUUCACGUUCCGGGCUUCGUCAGCCAUCACGCCUUUCACUGCGAGUGCAAUAUUAGAAAUUGUGACCACAAUUGUGUUGGCACUGAAGUUACUAGGAAAUCUCACAUUCGUCGCCCCAGAACUCCGAAAAAUGAAUAUUUUGGAUCAUAUCCCCCUCCUUUCUGCAAUGGCCAUCUCGAUAGGGAUAGGCAUUGGGGGCCUCGUCGUGGCUCGCUUCUCCGAAUAUCCAAUCGGAAGGUUUCUGCAAGCGCUCGAACUAUACAUUCUGACGCUCUAUUCCCUCAUCAUCGCCUUCGACGACGUUGCGAGCAGGAACGGUCCUGCAGGGAAUCCCGGUGGAAAGGGUGACUGUCCAGAAGAAUGGCUCGGUGCAGUCCAAAUCCCUGCCGCUGACGCCCCGCAUCCGGACACUAUUGGUCGACGUUCUAGGUUCAUAAAUCCCGAAAGACCUGGGGAGCGCUUGGCAUCAUGGGUAUCUCGUCGGAUAUCUGGGCGGCUCUACUCGGACAUUGCUAGGCGAUGGGUCCGCUUAGAUGAUGCAUUGAGACUGAACUCGUCGAUAGCAGGGCUAACUGGGCAACCUCCUAGUGAGAAGUCGGAAUCUAUCAUCUCUUACUAUUAUGAACGCAGAGACGUGGACAAAGCCAUUAGUAUUGGCCCCAGAUAUCUAUCCAGAACCCCAAUGACUGAUCCAGAAGAGGGCAUCCCUGUGAUCCUUCCUGUCCCAGCCUUGGUGCGAGCGGCACCGUAUAAAACAGAAUUUGGUCCUCCACCCAAAUACGGACUUCCUGGCCCGACCCAGGCACCCAAUGGGGUAGAUAUCGCGAAACCGCCCCGUGCCCUUCUUGCGACCCAAGACAUACAUCAGGACAUGAAGAAUACAACUUCUGACCCUCGUGGGAACGUAGUCCCUCUCAUAAGCAACGAGCUGACGCCUGAAGGGACACGUUCUGCCAGCGUGAUGAGUUCUGGUGACUCCGCUAGUAGUUCCCUGUCAGCAUUGAGGCAAUUCCCAGCACCCCCAUCAUCUUUGACUGCACAGGCCGCUAUUGAGACUAUUUUACUUCCCCCAGGAUCGCUCAAUAAGGAAGAAGUUGAUGGCCUAGCCUUCGAACUCAUCUUGCCCAGAGUCCCCCAAGGCCCGCAGGAAACGUUGUCACCCUCCACCCCUGAUGCCAUGCGACAAAGUGAUGCCUCUCAACCGUGGGGAUCAUUGUCCCAAAUCCUCGAAAAGGAAAUUACAUCCUUCACCGACAACAGGAUUGCAGAGAAUCAGAAUCCACCGAGUCGCAUUGUUUCGCGAUACCGAGGCAUUUCAGUUCGUUCGGUCCCUCCCAAACAACCCCAACCCCAACCCUCGACUUCCCUUCGUUUCAAAGAGUUCCGUGUGAAUAGUAAUGGGUCAUUCUACAGUGUGCCAAGUUUGAAGAACGACAUGUCUUGCCUCGGCCCUUCUCUCCCGAAUUCUCCGCGGCCCUUAGGGCUCCCCAAUGCGCGCAGGAUUCCGGCCCUCUCGUCAACCCGACCGGUGACAUGA